AGGUGAGAGAAUUCAUCUUGUUCUCCACCGUGCAUCUACCACGGCAUUUGGGAUUGGCCGGACCUGGUCCAUCUAAUAAUUUUUACGAAAUGGUGGGGGGAUGGGAACGUAGCCAGAUUCCUUUAGGACUCUCCAACCUUUAUUUAUGCAAGUGGAGCAUGAGAUAGAAUGUCCAUAGAAGAAUUAAAGGAGAGAGGAAAUGGCAGAGCUAUUCCGGAAACAGGCGAAGAAUUAUGCGGAGGCACGGCCGAAUUAUCCACAGGAGUUAUUCCAGUUCAUCGCAUCCAAGACUCCAAACCACGAUCUCGCUUGGGAUGUCGGCACCGGAAGCGGACAGGCUGCCGUAUCCCUAGCCAAGAUCUACAAUAACGUGGUGGCCACGGACACGAGCAGAGAACAACUAGCCUUCGCACCCAAGCUCCCCAAUAUCCGAUACGUCCACACUCCCGCCACCGUCUCCGUCCCUGACCUCCAACGCGACGUGGCCGCACCAUCCACCGUUGAUCUCAUCACCGUGGCCCAGGCCAUCCACUGGUUCCACCUCCCCACCUUCUACGCCCAGGCCCGCCGCCUCCUCCGCGGGCCCCACGGCGUCCUCGCCGCGUGGUGCUACAACCUGCCCCGGGUGGACCCCGCCGUCGACUCCGUGCUCUCGCGCCUCUACGCCGAGUCCCGCCCCUUCUGGGCCCCGCAGCGACGGACGGUGGAUGAUGAGUUGCGGAGCAUCGAUUUCCCCUUCGAUCCGGUGGAGGGGGAGGGGCACACCGGGCCGUUUGAGUGCACGGAGGAGAAGGAGAUGGAUUUGGAGAUGUAUCUGACGUACAUCCGCUCGUGGUCGGCGUAUCAGACGGCCAGGGAGAAGGGGGUGGAGCUGCUGAGCGACGGCUUGGCGAGUGAUUUGGAGAAGGCUUGGGGUGGGGAUGGGAAGGCUGUUAAGGUGGUCCGAUAUCCUAUUUUUCUUAAGAUUGGAAAGAUGAGAGCUUAAAACUUGGAGGGAAUCAAGAGGGAAUGGAUGUGCUGCAUGGAGCAUGUUUAUGAAAUUAACCUGCAAGCUUGGUUUAUGAGGUUAUGGUCGUUGGUCACUUCUUGCUCAGUGUACCCUGUCCAAGUAGUGAUUUUUGUUGUACCAAAGAUUCCAAGAGUACUUAGUUUACAUUAAAAAUAAAAUUGGAACUCAGAGAGAGGCGUUGGAUGGUUUGAA